AUGGCAGACUCGUCGGUGGCCUUGAACGACUCGCCACUACAUCUGUUGGACAAGGCUAACACGCUCACUGUCAGCGGCGGCAUGGCCUUUGCGUUCAAAAGGGUGCUCGACAACGUUGCCAUUGGCGACUCGUUGUUUGACGAGGCCGGUGCUAAGACGGUGCAGCAGCCGUCCUCUUGUGACGUGCCAGUUCUGACGGGACGUGGAAAGGACAAAAGGACUGCACGCCCGCUCUGGUCGUGUCACGGCGGCAUGGUCCACGCUUGGUUCUUUUGCCUGCAGUCUUUAGCUACGGCGUGCACUUACAGGAGGUCUGCGUUCGUGUGGCUUCGACUCGUCCACAUCGUCUCGGGAAUUGGGAGCUGA